AUCGCCUUCCUGAUAUCCGACCACCUCCUGCACAGGACUCUUUCAAUAUUAAUCCACUUUCAGAAUCAAGAUCUCAGGAAACAGCUUUAACUCCAAAUUUAACACUCAAAGACCCCAGCUUAGAUCAGUGGUGAGCGCUGUGUUUCCUUCGCCACUGCAUAAAUCAGAGCCAGGCCCUUCCCAACACCUUUCAUCAUCGCCCACUUAUCUAGUUCUUCCUCCUCUCCAAAUGCCCCACCACGUUGACUCAAUCUCAAUGCCGUCCUCCCAUCGUCGCGACCAUGAUUAUGACUAUGAUGAUUCAUAUAGGAGACCAUCUCCUCCGUCAAAUGCAAAUGUAUACCAUUCGCCUUCACUAUCCGUUUCAUCAUUAGACCGUUCAUCCGUAUCUUCCCCGGCGCCACACCGAUCACCCGCUGACCGUUCGGUUGAUUCACACUCAACGUACUCUGAUGCCUAUUAUUCUCAAGAUCAGAUGGCUCAGCAGUCUAGACCCUACCCCCACGACCCAGUCCAAGACUCGGGAAAGGUCUCCCACAGUCAUUCUUAUACCCCUCGCCCUCAUCCUGAGCACAGAUACUCGCAUGACUCAGGCUCUCACCCAUAUCAUGUGUCCUCCUAUACAAGCCCCGCAUUGGCUCACAGUGCUGCGAGCAGUGGACGUGAUAAUCCACAGCUUUCGGAUCCACUUCCGGGUCAAAGUCACCAUGCCACAAUUGAAUACACGGACAAUGUUGCUACGAAAUUAAGUGACCGUGUCCGCAGAAGGUGUUUCAAUUGCUGUACCACAGGCUCACUGUCGUGGCGCCGUUGUAAGUUAAAUCCUGGAAAAGUUCUGUGCAAUAAGUGUGGCUUGCUUCAGCGCACUCUCUUGCCACCGCAACGCUACCGAACCUCAAAGAAAUACUCGGGUAAUUUUAAUUAAUAUCGUUGCCGGCACCGCUGACCUGUGGGAUCCUCGGGACCUGGUCCCAAACAGAACGUCAUUUUUAAAAUUCAGCCUGGGAAUUUCCGGCUGGUUACCUCUGCGUGUCGGGCAAAUGUAUGGUUGCCGAACGGACCCAAACGUUGAUAGGUCGGGUCGUACUUCUAACCUGAAAUACACUUCAAGGACUACGUUUUCG